GCGUGCAGAUAGUAUGUACAUUAGAUAAGCAAGGCUGCGGGAAGUGUGUGCUAAGGGCAACUUUCACGCACGCCCACCUGUAAGAUGCGUACUCAGCCACGUUCUCAUGGGAACGGUGGCGAGGCCCGAGGGCCGCCUCUGCUUAUCGCCACCGCCUCCGGAGUGGGCCGAGCUCUUUGUCUGCAGUCGAGUAGCAGCGGCGAACAAGUGUGGCCUAACGAAGACCGCUUCCUAUGUUCUCACUAUAUAAGCGAGGACCUGCGGCUCGUCUGGCACCAGACGUCGGUGAAGCUGUCCACCUGGCUAACAUGGCCAAGAAACUGGGCCCAGUCUUGGUGCCAGCGUCCUGCGCAAUGCUGCUGCUCCUGUGCGCACUCCUGCCCCGAGGGGAAGCCUCCCGCGCCUGCAACGCCUGCGGACCGGAGUGCGUUACUGCGUGCGGGACAGCCAUGUUCCGGGCCUGCUGCUUCAACUACAACCGCAAACGGAGCGGCCCCGCCACAAGCAGCUCCGGAUCAGAAAUCCGGGACAUGGCGGCCUCCGGCGGCGGGUCAGCAAACAUGGAUUCAACCGACAGCGCCACCUUUGAGAGUCGCAACGAAGCAGGAGAUGGUGCGGCCGGCAGCGGAAUUCGACAGGAUGCCUGGGCGCUCUUUUGGAUGCUGCCUGCGCGGCAGCGGCAAGCUGCGCUAUUUUAAAACGGGCACUAUGAAUAAACACUGAAUAAACGGAAUGGUGGACG